GUAAUGGCUAAUAAGAUUGCUUUUCAGGUAACCAUAGUUUGGUGAAUCCAACUCUAGUUACCAUUGAUCGUGGUGCCGUUUGCCUACAUGGAAAUCCAGCAGCCUACUACUACUCCAAAGGGUUUGGCAAGGGUAGUAAAAAUUGGAUUGUGUAUCUUCGUGGCGGAGGGUGGUGUAGUGAUUUUGCUAAUUGCCAAGCUUAUAUUAAAACUAAAGGAGUUGGCACGGACCCUAAACCAAUAACUUUUGAUUAUAUUUUCAGCAACAAAAAACAAAAAAAUCCAGACUUCUUCAACUGGAACAAAGUUGACGUUAGGUAUUGCAAUGCAUCAUCGUUUACAAGCAACUCUAAAAUAACUAAAAAUAGGUGCCAGAAUUUUCAAAGCUGUAACUGAAGAGCUAUUAUUGCAUGGAAUGGGAAAUGCAAGAAAUGCUAUAUUAGCUGGUAGUUCAGCUGGAGGUGUUGCUACUACUAUUUACUGUGACAGAUUUAGAGGUCUCUUACCCUCUGCUUCUCGAGUAAAAUGCUUGUCUGAUGGUGGAUAUUUUUUCUUGGCUAAAAACCACAGCCAAAGAAACCAAUUUCUAUCCUACUUUAAAGGCUUGACCAAAAUACAGGGAUCAAAACCUGCUUUGCCUGAAUCAUGCACUACAAGAUUAAGUGCAGAAUUGUGUUUCUUCCCACCAAAGUUGUGGGCCAACAUUGAAACACCUAUUUUCUUCUUAAUGUCGGCAUUUGAUCAAAUUGAGAUUCAGUAUACUUUGGGAGAAGAUUUUGACAGCACUUGCAUUACAGGGAGGAAUUGCUCCUCAAAUCAAUUAAAGGCAAUGCAAGAUCUUAGGUCAGAGCUCCUAACUGUUUUGCCUAAUGGAGGUAAAAACUCCAAGAAUGGAUUGUUAAUUACCUCUCCAUUUGCUCACACUAGGCUAUUCGGCCCUUAUUGGUAUUACCUUGUACCUGGGACUAAAAAGACAUAUGAUGAACUAUUCAGAGAUUGGUACUUUGAUCGGAAGUCUGUCCGAGUGGUAGACAAGUAUCCAUGCCCAUAUCAUUGUUAGGUUCAUCCAUGUAGUAACUUGUGCUACAACCCAAGUCCCUGAAGUGAAUAAUGAGGAAAUGGAGGAAGGGAGUGAUCGAAUUAGCUGGAAAUUCUCUACUAGGACCAAAACAGUGUAGUAUGAAGAAGUCAUUGGAGGC